AUGCUACAAAUUCGGCUUUUAUCAGCUGUGCGAAACACCGUGCACACUAGGAAUUUUGGCAGUUUUUUGAAUAGAAAUGUGAGUUUUUUCAAGGGAAGAGGGGUUAUUGAUUUUUUGAGGCUGAAAAAUUGGAGAAUUCUAGAAUUCACGGCUAUAUUUUCUAGAUCAAUGUUUGAGGAAAAAUCAAUUUUUCAUAAUUUUAUGCUGAAAAUUUGAGAAAAUAUUGAUUUUUGUGAGUUUUCUGCUGAAAAUCUAUAAAUUUCAAGUUGAACAAGUAAUUUUGUGCUAAAAAUAUUCUUUUCGGUUUUUCGGCUGAGAAAUCGUUUGCUAUUGAUUGUAGACGUUUUGUAUGAAAAUAUCAAACACUUUUGAAACAGUGAAAUUUUGAGUAUGAAAAUGAUAUAGCCGAAGGUUUUGAAUUCUUAAAAUAAUUUCAGUCAAAAAUGUUUGAAGUUGAUGGAUUUCAUGCUGAAAAUGAACGCCGUUGAAAUCUAAAGCCAUAUCCAAAAAUUCAAGAGAAAAAAUUAUUUAAACAUUUUUGAAACAGUGAAAUUUUUAACACUUUCUAAAAUUUUAAUUAUUGAUUUUUUGGCUGCUGAAAAUGCUGGAAUUUUUGAAUGAAUUAUAGUCAGAAAUUAGAAUUUUUCUGUAGUAAUUUCAUUAAAAAUGCAGUUAUUGAUUUUGUUGAACCCAACAUUCGAACUGGAAAAUUCAGCUGUAUAAAAAUAUCAAAAAUAAUUGAAACAGUGAAAUUUUGAGAAUUUUAUGUUUCUGUAAACCUUUCAAAAAUUGAUUUUUUGGCUGAAAACACAUGGAAAAUCUGAAAUUUCCGGCUUCGUUUCCGUUGGAAUAUUUCAUAAAUUUUGAAGAGAACUAUUGAUUUUUCAGCUAAAAACUUGUUGAAAUUACUGGAAUUCUGCAAAAUCUGAACAUCUAUAUGUGAUUUUUGAAACAGUGAAUUUUUGUUAUAAGAAAUCAUUCAUGUUUUCAUUUUUUUCUAAUUUUGGAAAAAUUAAUGUCAAAUUAAGUAUUUUUCAGAAUUUCAGCCUUAACAAUCCAUCCAAAAUUCCAUAUUCAAAAUCCCUUUUUUCCAGAAACGCGUAUUCCAAGUUGUAAUAACUCGACAAUGUUUUCAUCCCGGUGCAAAUUCCGUAGUCCCUUUGAAAGCCGACGGAAAAUUGACGGGUUUUCAACUAGUUCAAAAACUCCUCAAAUUUGUUUGGCCAAAAGAAAAACCAGAAAUUCGUCGUCGAGUUUUAGUUGCACUAUCAUUAUUAAUCACAGCCAAAUUAUGUAAUGUAUCAGUUCCAUUCUUUUUGAGAGAUAUUAUCAAUUAUUAUAAUGGAAAAGCUCCCGAAUUUCUGAAAUUGAAAUUGGAUUCAACAAACACGCCGUCUCAAACUAUAUUCACAACUGGUUUUUGCACAAUUAUUGCAUAUGGAUUGGCACGAGCAACUGCUUCGCUAUUUAAUGAAUUGAGAAAUGCGGUAUUUGCCAAAGUUGCGCAGAAUUCGGUCAGAAGUAUUUCGCGAGCCAUUUUUUUGCAUUUACAUUCGUUGGAUUUAUCUUUUCAUUUGAAUCGACAAACUGGAGCACUUUCAAAAGCUAUUGGUGAGUAUUUUGGGGGAAAAACUUGAAAAUUAUAUGUAUUCGGUCAAAAAUGCUGAAUUUUGCAUUGAAAUUUGUGAUUUUUGCAAAAUUUCAAUCAGGGAAACUCGUAAAAUUAAAAAUAACGAAUAUUAAACCUGUAAAUAUUGUUAUGGUUCGAAAUUCCGUCCCAGAAAAGCUGAAAGUCGAAAAAUUGCAUUUUUUUUCUAUUUUUGAUAAGAAAAUGUCAAAUUUGUCCUAAUUUCUGAAUUUUUGACUUGAAAAUCUUGAAAUUCACGAAAUUUUGAUUCAGAGAAAUUAUUUUCCUGGUCAAAAUCUACUAAUUUCAUAACAAAAUUUUCUCGAAUUCUUCACUGUUUCAAAAAAUAUUUAACUUGAUUUUGGUAAAUUCGAACAGAUUCUGGAUCCCGAUUUUUUGAGUUUUGAUUAAUUUUGAAUCUAUGAUUUUCCGCUAAAACUGUUUCUUUUCCAAUUUUUUUUACUGUUUCGAAGAUGUAUUGAAAAGAUUGUCCAUAAUCUAAUAUCCAAUAAUACUUCCGUGAAUGUCAAUAAAUUUACCCUAAAAACUGGAAGAUCUAGCAUUUUCUUUGAUAGGAAUUUCACUGUUUCAAGAUUUUUUCAUAUCAAAAGUUGUGCUUUUGAGACUGAUUAACUCGAAAAAUUCGUUGUAUUAGAUUUUUUUUGAAAAUUUUUUAACCACAAUUUUUCACUGUUUCAACAAAUGUGUAUCAGAAAAUUUUUGGUUUUCUCAAGCAAUAAUAAAUUCGAGUUUUUUCGCUGUAUCAAAUAAUUGUCAUUCGAAGUUUGAACUCCUUCCGUAGCUCCCUCCUUCGAGUAUUUUGAAUUAAUUCAAAAUUUUGUAAAUUUAAUUUCAGAUCGAGGAACACGUGGAAUGAGUUUUGUAUUGAGUUCCCUUAUCUUCAAUCUCAUCCCAACAGCAGUUGAAAUUGGAAUGGUUUCGGCACUUUUCACAGGAACACUUGGACCCGAAUUUGCUUAUAUGACAAUGGGAAGUAUUGGAAUGUAUGGUAUUGCAACAUUAGGAAUCACAAGAUGGCGAACAAAAUUCCGUCACGAAAUGAAUCAAGCAGAUAAUGAUGCUGGAAAUAAAGCAGUCGAUUCAUUAAUCAAUUAUGAAACAGUCAAAUAUUUUAAUAAUGAGAAAUUCGAAGCAAAUCGAUAUGAUAAAUAUUUGGCAAAAUAUGAAGAAGCUUCAUUAAAAACCACAUCAUCAUUAGCAUUAUUGAAUUUCACACAAAAUGCAAUAUUUAGUGGCGGAUUAAUUGGUGUAAUGUGUUUGGCGGCAAAUCGAAUUCAAACUGGUGAAUUAACAAUUGGUGAUUUGAUAUUAGCAAAUACUUUAUUAUUUCAAUUAUCAAUUCCAUUGAAUUUUUUGGGUUCUGUUUAUCGAGAAGUUCGACAAGGUUUAGUUGAUAUGAAUCAAAUGUUCUCGAUUUUAACGCUCAAAUCACAAAUUAUUGAGAAAUCUGAUGCAAAACUGUUGGAAAUUGAUAAUAAUGAUAUUACGCUGAAAUUUGAGAAUGUACAUUUCGGAUAUUUGCCAGGACAGGAGAUUUUGAAGGGGUUGAAUUUGGAGAUUCCGACUGGAAAGAAAGUUGCGAUUGUUGGAGGAAGUGGAUCUGGGUAAGGAUUUUUUUCAAGUUUUCUGGAAUUUUCUUUACUGUUUCAAAGCUAAAACCCUUCAUUCGAAGAAAAAAUAGCGAAAACCCUGAAUUUUCUCUCCCUAGAAAAAUUUAAAAAUGGACUGUUUCAAAAAAUUGCCUUCAAAAAAUGUUUUACUAUGGAAAUUUUAAUGGUCGACUUUUCCAUAAUAUAAAAAUUUCACUGUUCAAAAUUUUUUUUCAAAUACUCGACUUUGCAAAAACUUAUGAUUGACAAGCGAAAAUUCAAAUUGUUAUGGAAAAUUCACUGUUUCAAUAAAUUGACUUGAAAAUACUCGACUUUGCAAAAUUGAUGUUUGUCGUCUUUCUAUUAGAAAAAUCUUCACUGUUUCAAAAUUAUCAGUAACUUUGGAAAUUUCAAAAGUUUUGUUCAAAAUUAUUUUUGAAAAAUUCACUGUUUCAAAAUUAUGACUUUAAACUGAAACAGUAUUUACUCUUUUGAUCAACCUUCCAGGAUCUAAUUUCAAAGUUCAUAAAAUCCCAAAUCUCAUACAAAAAAUGAGGAAAAACCUGUAUUUUUUCUCCUCCUUACAAAAUAUUAAAAAAUUCACUGUUUCAAAAAAUUGCCUUCAAAAAAUAUUUUUCUUUGGAAAGUUGAUUUGAAACCAUGAUUUUAUUGAAAAAUUGUUUCAAAAUUUAAAAAAAAAACCUGAUUUUUCUCUCUGUCAGAAUUCCACUGUUUCAAAAAAUUUAUUAAUUUCGAAAGUUUUGUUGAGAAAAUGAUACCAGCACUGAACUUUAUGUCGAAAAACUCUCUGUUUCAACAUUAUGACUUGAAAAAUCAUUUACUUGAAGGUUAUUAUAAUAACCCCAAAUUACUUCAAAAUUUCGAAAAAACUCACUUUUUCUCACUGUCAAAAUUUCACUAUUUCAAAAAAUUGACAUAAAAAAUACUCGACUUUGCAAAAUUGAUAAAUGACAUCAACCUUUUCGGUUAAACAUAUAAACAAUUUCUCACUGUUUCAAAGUAUUUAAAAUAAAACAUUGGAAUUAAUUUUUCCAGUAAUACUUUUAUUUUUGAACACAAAAAAUAUGCAACAAUUCACUGUUUCAAAAAAUUUAUAAGUAAAAUAAGUUUUUUUCCAAAGUUCUUUGGCUUGAAAUUUUAACAAAUAAUCUUUGGAACAUUGAAUUUUCCCAAUAAUUGAUAAUGCGGAACAAUACACCCACCCAAUGAAUUAAUUAUGUGUUCGUGAAAGAAUAAAUAUUUUUGAAACGUAUAAUUUCUGACCCAUAUUCAUUUUUUUUCAUUUCAUUAUUUUUUUUUGCAGAAAAUCAACAAUAGUUCGUUUAUUAUAUCGAUUAUAUGAUACAGAAAAUGGAAAAAUUCGAAUAAAUAAUGAAGAAAUUCGAGAUUUACAAUUGAAUUCACUUCGAAAAAAUAUAAGUAUUGUACCACAAGAUUCGGUAUUAUUUCAUGAUACAAUUUAUUAUAAUUUGGCAUAUGGUAGACCAAAUGCAACCAAAGAUGAAGUUAUUCGAGCUGCUAGAAUGGCGGAUUUACAUGAAAGUGUGCUAAGAAUGCCGAAUGUGAGUUGUUUUGCUGAAAGUUUGGGGAAAGGGGAACAUUUUGGAAUUUUUUGAAUAUGAAAAAUCAUAAUUUGAAUAAAUCUUGAAACAUCAAUGUUUUAUGAAAAUUGCAAAAAAAAACCUAUUUCGAGAUGGAUUUUCAGGAUGAAGCUGCUGAAAAUCAUUCUAGCGGUUUUGAUUUUGAAAAUCAAGAUUUUUGAGCCAGAAAUUCGAGAAAUCCCUAAAAUUAAAAAAUCUGAUCAAAAAAUUUUUCACUGUUUCAAAAUUGAUUUAUAAAAUUUGAUUUUUUUAAUGAUUUCAGUGAAUCAUGGUCCAUUUAACAAAAAAAAAAAUAAACACUUUUUUUCUGAAAAAUUCACUGUUUCAAGAAAUUCAAGCUUCAAAAUGGCGAAAAAAUACCUUUUUAAGCUCGAAAACAGAUUUUUUGGCGCAUUUUAACUCCAGAAUCUUCUCAAAUUAAAUUCAACUGCUGACAAUCCGGUUCCCUAGAUUUCAAAUUUUAAAAUUGAGGUUUUUUACCCAGAAAUUCGAAGAAUCGCCGAAAUUUCAGUUUUUCAACCAUUUUUCAUAAAACCUGUCAAAAAAAUUUCACUGUUUCAAAAUUGAUUUAUGAAUUUCGCUUUUUUUAUGAACUUGUUCUUGAGUUCGGCGGAACUGUAAAAAAAGUUUGAAAAAUUCACUGUUUCAAGAAAUUCCUUUUGACAAAUACUAUCAAGAAAUUAAAAUACGUAAUCCUAUUUCCUUUCUAAAAAUGUUUGCUGUUUCAAAUUUUUCAUAUGAAAACCUUGGAAAAAUCCCUUAUUUUAGAGACAACAUGAAAUUGAGAGAGCGCAGAAAGCACAAAUUAAUUAUUCGAACAAAACCUACAAACUAAUUUGGCUGUCUGCGCUCUCUCAAUUUCACAUUGUCUCUACCCAAAAAUCCCGCUCAUUUCCCAUUUUUCUUCUUCCAGGGUUACGAUACAUUGGUUGGUGAACGUGGUUUGAAAUUAUCAGGUGGUGAAAAACAACGAGUUGCAAUUGCUCGAGCAAUUUUAAAAAAUGCACCAUUUGUUAUUUAUGAUGAAGCAACAUCUUCACUUGAUGCAAUUACUGAAUCAAAUAUUAUGAAAUCAUUGAAAGGAGCUGUUGAUAAACGGUUAGCAAGGGAUUUGGGAAGGGGAAAUUUGGGAACCAAAAUCUGAAGUUUUGUCUUUUUUUUCUCUAAAAAAAAUUCACUGUUUCAAAAUGUGUAUGCCAUUAAUUAUUUAUUGUGAGAAGAUACUACACAAUCGAAUAUACAAUUUGUCAAAUUUUUAGAUUUUUCAAAGGCUGAAGGAGACUUUCCGAAAAUUCGUAAGACUUUCCGAAAAUUGUAAGACUUUCCGAAAAUUCGAAUUUUUCCAAGAAAAAUAUCACUGUUUCAAAAUAUGUAUGUAUAUUUUUUGAAAAUUGGGAAGUUUGAUAGUUGACCUAAUAUUUCUACACAUUCUUCUCUGAAAAAAUUCACUGUUUCAAAAUUAAUAUUAGAUUUUUGUUCGAGUAUUUGAAAUCAGUUCAACCGUUAUUCUAUUUAAAGAAAAAUCCAGUGUUUCAAAAAUUUCUUGAUUCACUUUUGCAGAAUUUUUUCUGCCAGAAAAGUUCACUGUUUCAAAAUUUUAAUGUGAAAAAUAAUUGAACCUAGCUAUUGAUGCCAUAGUUUUUUCUUUAUUGGCUGAAAUUAUUUUUUAAUAAUCAAAUCCAGAAACUGUAAAAACAGGUCAAAUUUUCCUCCAGUAGCAAACUUUUAGAGCUAAAUUGUUCAGAAAACAAUUCAAAAAAUUCACAGUUUCAGAAUUCGAAGAAAACUUUUGAAACAGUAUAAAUUAUGAUGUUUUGUGCAAACGUAUAUCAAAAUUGUUCCCAGGAAAAAUUCACUGUUUCAAAGUUUUCAUAUAAUUUUUUGCUAGUUGAUAAUUUUUGUUUCUGUCAAAUUUCAACAAAAAAAUUCACUGUUUCAAAAACUGUUUAUCUCACAUAAAUUGAAUUGACUGGGUUAUCAUAUCAUAGUGUUUACAAGAAAAAUCUGAAAUUAAUAAUUUUUCCAGCACCUCCUUAUUCAUUGCUCAUCGACUCGCAACAAUUGUAGAUGCUGAUAUAAUUUAUGUGCUUGAAAAUGGAAAAGUCGCCGAAAAAGGAAAUCACUUCGAAUUGUUGUCCUCAAAUGGUUUAUACGCCGAACUCUGGAAUUCUCAAAAUGUUCACGGAGUUGCUCCAAAAUUGUCGAAAAAAGAUGACGAGGAUUUAUUGAUGGAAUUGGAUUUGGAGAAAUGUUGCGGAAAUUCGAGUUGUAAUCGAUAG